AUGAUACCGAGCCUUGUUAAUGACUUGGAAACGAGAUGUGGUGAACCCGGCGGCUUUCCUUUACACCACCUCGAUCUCAGUCUGAACAACAUUUUCAUUGACAAUCAUUGCAACAUAACAUGUAUUAUUGACUGGGCAUUCUCAUUUUUUGCGCCAUCAACAAUACUUCUCUCCACACCCGGCCUACCACACCCAAGGGACGAGUGCAAACCUUCGCUAACAUGCGCAUUCAGGUCUGGGUUCAUCAAUAAUGGCGUGACAACUUGCUCUGAUGCCUGGAAAAAGACUAGAAUGGCUUGGCUUUUUAUGCGGCUGGUCAGUCUUGACGGCUUGCAAGACUAUCACUAUUUUACAGAGCUUUACUUGUUGAUCAACAAACAGCCUGCUGAAGAGCUGUUUACAAAAUUUCAGCAACAAUACGCGAAACAUGAGGUUAUGAACAUGCACUGGAUCCUUUCCGCGGACGACCAGUCACCAAGUGAGAUCAAGCAAAGUGAAAAAGUCUAUUUUGUGAAUGUGGGCGCUGAGCGGCAUGCUCUAGCUCUCAAGAUUAGACUAGUAUCGAUGUUGAACAGGUCAUUUGUUGCUGACAGACAGCUUUGGCAUUGGAUUGAAGAGGUGGUAAGUGAGCAAGAGAAAGAAAGCCUUCAAGAAGGAUAG